CCGGGCCAGCCAUGGUCCUCCUAACCGAGCAACCGGAGAACCAAAAAGAGGAGGCGGAGGUCGGGUGGACUGCUGGAUCCAACGGACAGAAAUGCCUCAACUGCUACAUCCGACGGAUACGAAUUCGCGUGACGGCAACCAGAGAAACAAGCUUUUUUCGAUCCAAAGGUCAAAUCCUCCUCCUUUCGGCAAGACGGGAACUCGCCCCUCGCUCGGCUCCCCACGCGCCAGCAGCGGGCAGUAAACAGCCUCCGUCCGUCGCCUCUUCCUGGAGUCCGGCGCCGCCCGCCCUCCUCUCUUUUAUUGUGCUGAUGAUGGAACUGGAUCCUCGCCUCUACGAGAACGUCUCUGUCAGCGACAACGAUGUCCGAAACAUAGUUCUAUCUUAUCUUAUGCACAACUGUUUUAAAGAGACGGCAGAGACAUUCCUAUCUAGCACCGGGUUGAAGUUACCUGUCGACUAUACAGUGGAUGUGGAUAAGCGUAAAGCAAUUUUUAAUUUUGUGCUAGAAGGGAAUGCCCUUAAGGCCAUAGAGCUGACAAAAGAAAUGGCACCUAACUUGCUAGAGAAUGAUAUGGAUCUACAUUUUGAUCUUCUAAGUCUCCACUUCAUUGAGCUAGUUCGUUCCAGAAAAUGCACAGAAGCUCUUGAGUUUGGCCAGAAAAAAUUGACAUCAUUUGGGAAGGUUCCCAAGUAUGUUGAGAAACUAGAGGACUUUAUGGCCCUCCUGGCUUAUGAAGAGCCUGAGAAGUCACCUAUGUUUCAUCUACUAAGCCCAGAUCACAGGCAGAAUGUUGCAGAUAGCUUGAAUCGUGCUGUCCUUGCACAUGCUAAUCUUCCGGCAUAUUCAUCAUUGGAAAGAGUGGUACAGCAAGCGACCGUGGUUAGACAAUACCUACAGCAGGAAGUUGGCAAGGAUUCUUACCCACCAUUUUCUUUGAAGGCCUUUCUGAGCAAGUAAAAGCGCAAAUGGUCAAUUCUUCAGAAAGGGUAUCACCUCUGCAGGCCAUCAGGCACAUGUACCCUUACGGAGUGCAUAAACGAUGAAGCAGUUUAUACAAAACGUGUUCUUGGCACCGCUUAUACAGUUGCAAUGGUGUAGUACUUUGAAGGAGGAUGCUGUACUGUAUGUGGUCUGCUUCCUUGAUUUGCAUUUUGUUUCACGUGUCUCUCUACCUUAGACAUGACAAAAGCAUGUACAUAUGACCUGUUGAGCCAUUCUGUGCGUUCGUUCUGUGAGCUCAGUCUCAUUCGGUUUGCUGUGUGGUAUGUGUUGUUUAAAAAAAGCAUGUGCAUAUGCGGGCUGUGCAGAGGCUAACGGUUAUAAUAAGCUGUGCUGUUUUUUUCCCCGUA